UCUGUUCGGCCAAUUUUUGACAGUUCCAUCCACUUUUCGAGUCUUUUGUUUAUGAAAAUUUACUAUAAAAUCGUAUUUCAUCAGAAUAGCAAAUUUAUUCUUUUACAAAUAAACCCACCAUCAUAGUUUAAUAUGGAUCCAGAAAAGCCAGCAGUCGCUUCAACUUCGAAACAUGUUGAAAAACCAAAAAAAAACUCUCGGGAGGGAAGUAUCUGCAGCGAUAAAAGUAACCAACAAAGCAAGUCUACGACUACAAAGGUGAAGAAACCUCAAGAAAAGAAGGUCAAGGCUAUUCCACCUCCUCCAGCAAGGACAGCGGCGAUCAAUUCAAAAGAUCCACAUCUUCAUGAAGCCGUGAAUAAACUCCACAAACGCACAAAAAGUGUUCGAGCAAAGUUAUCGAUAUUGCGAAAAUCACAAUUCCCGCAGAAAAUUGCCACGGAUCCGUCGAAUGCCGCGAAAGUGCGAAUAGCUGAUACGCCACCCAACACCCCCAAGGAUGGACUCCAAUCAGAGCAGGAGAUUUUGAGAGAAAUCGAACGGCUACAGGAGCUCAUGAAGAAGUUACAUAUGCAAAAGGAGAACUCCGAAACGUCUGAGGGCAAAUCAGAUGCAAUUCAAAAGCCAACUAAAGACGAUGAAGUUGACAAAAGUCCCGAAAGUGGAGGAGAUGAUGGUGAUGAGGGCAAAUUGUCGCAUCCCGGUGAUGCUAACCAGGAGUCAAAAGCAAAACGUAGACAUCGCAACCGACGCAAGUUGAAACCAAAAAAGAUCACCGACGAGAACCAAUUGCAGGAGAUCUACGUCAGCCACAUCAACCAGAUCAUAGACAAGGACGCCAAAGUCAAAGAUCCCAAUAUCCCGCUAUUCAAACGAGGCGACGACUUGGAAGAAUUCGCCUCGAAGUGCGUAGCUGCCGGACUGGGUCAGAUUGUUGAAGCCGAGAUCAGGGUCAACGGGAAGAACAACCAUCAGGCAUUCAUUACUAUGGACGGUGGUUCCGAUGCCAUGAUCCAGUCGACGGCCACCCGGCGAUAUGCCAUGGAUGGCGAUAUGGUCAGGGCAUUCGUUAGGAACAGAAACGACGACACCAGGGAAUCGGUGACCGAUUUAGACGAAUCCAUUCCGAUUCUCGAGGAUCUUAAUGAGACGAUUGAUGACCCCGAAGCCGUUCUGGUGAAUGACGUGGAAGCUAAUAGGAGAGAUCGUGCGUUCGUGAUCCGAAUUGUGAAGGAAAGUGGCAAUAGGACCUUUGUGGGUUCGAUUGCUUUCAAAAAUCCCGCCAAACACGACGACGGCGAGUACUUAAAAUUCAAGACGCGUGACACCAAAGCGCCCAUAAUGUGCAUACCGGUCGAGUCGUGCGAAGAAUUCCUGAAACAGGAACAAUCCGACGAUAUUCUCGGCUACUUGUUCGUUGCUCAGGUUGUCAAGAUCGAGGAGAACGGGCGGUGCCUUGCCAAAUUGGUUGCCCCAGUGGGCAAGUGCGACAACCUGGAAUCCGAGAUAAAGGCGAUUCUAAUGAACAAUCGUCUGAGUGAUGUGAAGCCGUUCGAACAGCGCUUCGAGGACAUGUGGGCUGAUCCCAUCAAGAUCGAACCGGUCCAUUUGAAACAGAGGGAGGAUCUGCGCAAGGAUUGUAUAUUCACAAUUGAUCCGCUCACAGCACGAGAUCUAGACGACGCUCUUUCGUGUAAAAAGCUGGACAAUGAUCGUUAUGAAAUUGGAGUCCAUAUAUCGGAUGUAGCUCAUUUCCUCCAGGAGAGCUCCGAUCUAGACGAGUUGGUCAAGCUUAGAGCAACGAGUAUCUACCUCGUGAACGAGGUAAUCCACAUGCUACCCCAGACGCUCUGCAUGAAGUGCUCCCUCCUGCCGAACGAGGACAAGUUCGCGUUCUCGGUAUUCUGGGUGAUGGAUAAGGACGCGAAGGUGUUAUCGACACGAUUCACGAGAAGCGUCAUAAGAUCCUGCACACAGUUGGCCUAUGAACACGCCCAGAAGAUCAUCGACAAUCCCGACGAGACCUUUACCGACAAUGACUUCCCCACCAUAUGCAAUGGAUUCUCCGCCACUGACAUCGUCGAAAGGGUAAAGACGCUCAAUUCGUUGGCGAAAACGAUGCGAACCAGGCGCUUCGCAAACGGAUCUCUCUCGAUCGACAAGCCUCAGUUUUACUUUCAAUUCGAUCUGACGUCCGGCGAACCGACAUCGUACGAGAUCGCCAGUCGUCUGACGGCGAACUUCCUGAUCGAAGAGUUCAUGUUGCUGGCAAAUCAGGCGGUGGCGGAUAUGAUUUAUAAGACCUUCCCGGACAUAGCCUUCCUGCGAAGCCAUCAGCCUCCGAAGCCGAGCGCCAUAAAAAGCUUGAAGGUUAAACUGAAGGCUGUGGGAAUUGAGUUGGACUUUAGCAGUUCGAAGAGUAUUUUCGACGGACUGUCAAAGGUUUGCCGUUCCAGUAGUGAUCCAAAGGUUGUGUCCGUAGCGAUGAAUUACCUUCUCACGAAGCCUAUGAUGAGAGCAAAGUAUUUCUGUAGUGAGAAUAUAGAUGCAGAGACAGACUUGCGGCAUUAUGCCCUGGCCAUACCCAUCUACACCCACUUUACCAGUCCCAUUCGGCGUUAUCCAGAUAUCAUAGUUCAUAGGCUUUUAAGUGCGGCAUUGAAGUACACACCACCGCCCAAACGAACCACCGAGGAACUGCAUCAACUGGCGCGGAUUUGCAAUGACCAGAAAUUCAAUGCGAAGUGUGCCGGCGAGGAGAGCUCCAAUUUAUAUUUCAAGCGUUACAUCAAGGAAAAGAAAUCCAUCAAAGUCCAAGCAGUGGUCGUGGACAUCUACAAACACUGCAUGGAGGUCAUUACUCUAGACACUGGUCAUGUAGUUUUGAUACCUUAUAAAAUUCAAAAAGUCGCAGUAGACAUAAGCAAGGCCCCUGCCGCAAUUUACAUAUCAGAACCAAAAUCCUCCAAGCCACCAGUGGAACUCAAGUUAUUCUCAGGCAUUGAAGUAAACCUUAUGGUUUAUGAGGGAAGAUUGGCUGGGUUCUUUGAGUCGCCGGAUCCAGAGCAGAGAAUAAAAAAUGACAUCAAAUCCUCACGUGGAUCCAAGUCAGACGAAAAGCAUCCAGAAAAAGUUCGAUCAUCGUCUGCGUCCAAUGAAUCGAAUGCAAAACAAAAGCGGAGGGAACGAAAAAGGCGAGCCGCAAAGGCGUUAAGAAAACAGCAGAAGGCAGAAGGAAAUCAGAAUAAUGCAAAAAUUGACGAACAAAGCAAUUCUGAUGAUUAAUAUUUUUAUCUUUUUUGGAUGAUGACUCAGAAUGUUGUAAUUUUUCAUACAUACAUUUCGUGUGAUUUCAAAAACACACAUACUCACACGUUCACGUUUUGUACGUAUUUGUUGCGCAUUUUAUUCUGACUAAAUAGACCUUAAGCUAAGAUAUUUUUAACUUUCAAAAUAUCCUUUCCUUGUUUCGGGUAUCACAUUGAUAUUUUUUUUAUUGAUACAAAUUUAAACACUCGAUUAAAUGGGAAAUUUAAGUGAUGGAUUGAAAUGAAAUUUUUUGAAUUUCCUUUUUAUUUUGGAGUUUAAAAUGUAGGCUUUUUUCAAAUUUUGUUUUUCACGGAAAUAGAAUGUGAUACUUAGAAUUCAAGUUCAAGACAAAUAUACUUAAUUGAAAUCCGUUUUAAGGAGCAUAAUGAUAAAAUAAUAAAGACAAUUUUUUUUGUGAAAAAAGUAA